AUGUCUAAUUUUAAAAAUGAACCUCAUGUCUUUUACACCAUUUCCGAAUUAUCACAUGUAAAAGAUCUUAAUGAAUUGCAAAAUUUAAAUAUUAAAACUUUGGCUUUUGUUAUUGAUGGCCGAGGGCAUGAUUUGGAAUUUCAAAAUAUGACUGUAGGGAAAAGUGAAAAAUUUCUUAAACUUGAUUUAAAAUGCCCGUAUAUAAUAUUUGGCAUGUUAUACACAUCAUACCAUCGCCCUCAUAUAUUAGUCAAGACCAUUAAACGAUUUGAAGAAAGUACAGAAAAUUUAAUUAUAUAUUGGAACCAAUGCAUGGCAAUACGAAUGAGAAACCCAGCCUUUAAAAAUAUCAAACAAUUGUCGAAACUUCCUUAA